CUAUUACUGGUUGGCUUGAAGCGUUUAUGGACGUAGCUCCAGUUAAGUCUACACUGACAUGUAGACGCAAUUGGAAGACCUGAUUCAUUCCCUGAAAACAUGGAUGAGUUUAUGUUUGGUCUGAAACAUAGUUGUUUUUCCUGCAGAGCCUCAUGCUCCCUUUCAUGCUGAACUUCUUGUUGAUCUAAUAAGCAAUUCACGGCACUGAGUCCAGGGCCUGUUUUCUAAACAUAGGUAUCGGUACGAUAAGGCCACGGUUUAGUAAUUCUUUCCUUUUCCAUUUCUAGGGCUGAUGGCCAGUCGGUAGGCAAACAUGGCUACCAUGGUUCCACCUGUGAAACUGAAAUGGCUUGAGCACCUCAACAGCUCUUGGAUCACUGAAGACAGUGAAUCCAUCGCUACCAGGGAAGGAGUCUCGGUCCUGUAUGCAAAACUAGUCAGUAAUAAAGAAGUCGUCCCAUUGCCUCAGCAGGUUUUCUGCCUCAAAGGGCCUCAGCUGCCUGAUUUUGAACGCGAGUCCUUGUCCAGCGAUGAGCAGGACCACUACUUGGAUGCCCUUCUUAGCAGCCAGCUGGCUCUGGCUAAGAUGGUGUGCUCAGACUCUCCCUUUGCUGGGGCGCUUCGCAAGCGCUUGCUGGUCCUGCAGCGCAUCUUUUAUGCACUUUCCAACAAGUACCACGAUAAAGGCAGGGUGAAGCAGCAGCAGCAUUCCCCAGAAAGCAGUUCCGGGUCCACGGACAUCCAUUCUGUCAGCGAGAGGCCGAGGUCGAGCACGGAUGCUCUCAUAGAAAUGGGGGUCCGGACUGGGCUGAGCCUGCUCUUUGCACUGCUGAGGCAAAGCUGGAUGAUGCCAGCCGCAGGACCUGGGAUUAGCCUUUGCAAUGACGUCAUUCACACUGCAAUAGAGGUGGUCAGCUCGCUGCCUCCUUUAUCUCUAGCUAAUGAGAGUAAGAUACCCCCCAUGGGCCUGGACUGCCUCUCUCAAGUCACAGUCUUUCUGAAAGGAGUAACGAUUCCCAACUCUGGGGCAGACACUCUUGGACGAAGGUUGGCCUCUGAGCUGCUUCUUGGCUUGGCGGCUCAGCGUGGCUCGCUGCGGUAUCUCUUGGAGUGGAUUGAGAUGGCCCUAAGCGCCUCAGCUGUGGUCCACACAAUGGAGAAGAACAAACUGUUGCAGACUCCAGAAGGCAUGAUCAGUUUUGAUUGUUUCAUGACUAUCCUAAUGCAAAUGAGGCGAUCAUUGGGAUCAUCUGCAGACCGGAGUCAGUGGAGAGAGCCAACAAGAACCUCUGAAGGCUUGUGCUCUCUCUAUGAGGCAGCAUUGUGUCUCUUCGAGGAGGUGUGCCGGAUGGCUUCGGACUACUCCAGGACCUGUGCCAGUCCAGAUAGCAUCCAGACUGGGGACACUCCCAUUGUUUCGGAAACCUGUGAAGUGUAUGUUUGGGGUAGCAACAGCAGCCACCAACUUGUGGAAGGGACCCAGGAGAAAAUCCUCCAGCCUAAAUUGGCUCCAAGUUUUUCUGAUGCCCAGACAAUUGAAGCUGGUCAGUAUUGUACCUUUGUAAUAUCCACAGAUGGCUCUGUUCGAGCUUGUGGCAAAGGCAGCUACGGCAGGUUAGGAUUGGGUGAUUCCAACAAUCAGUCCACUCUGAAGAAGUUGACUUUUGAGCCUCACCGAUCAAUCAAAAAGGUGUCAUCUUCAAAAGGUUCUGAUGGCCACACAUUAGCGUUUACCACAGAAGGAGAGGUCUUCAGCUGGGGGGAUGGUGACUAUGGAAAACUGGGCCAUGGAAAUAGCUCCACACAGAAAUACCCUAAACUCAUACAGGGCCCUUUGCAAGGAAAGGUAGUGAUUUGUGUAUCGGCUGGUUACCGGCACAGUGCUGCUGUUACAGAGGAUGGUGAAUUGUACACCUGGGGAGAAGGAGACUUUGGCAGACUGGGUCAUGGUGAUAGCAACAGCCGUAACAUUCCAACUUUAGUAAAAGAUAUUAGCAACGUUGGAGAGGUUUCCUGCGGCAGCUCACACACCAUAGCGUUAUCUAAAGAUGGGCGAACAGUUUGGUCUUUUGGAGGAGGAGAUAAUGGCAAACUGGGUCACGGAGACACCAACAGAGUGUAUAAACCCAAAGUGAUAGAAGCUCUACAAGGGAUGUUCAUACGGAAAGUUUGCGCUGGAAGUCAAUCUUCGCUUGCUCUAACAUCAACUGGACAAGUAUCUGCCUGGGGCUGUGGGGCAUGCUUAGGAUGUGGCUCCUCAGAAGCCACGGCUCUCCGACCCAAGCUGAUUGAAGAACUGGCUGCCACCCGGAUCGUGGACAUUUCCAUCGGUGACAGCCAUUGCUUGGCACUUUCGCAUGAUAAUGAAGUUUAUGCUUGGGGGAACAAUUCCAUGGGGCAGUGUGGCCAAGGAAACUCCACUGGCCCCAUCACUAAGCCCAAGAAAGUGAGUGGUUUAGAUGGAGUCGCCAUUCAGCAGAUUUCAGCUGGAACAUCACAUAGUCUGGCUUGGACCGCCCUUCCCAGAGAUAGGCAAGUGGUUGCCUGGCAUAGGCCGUAUUGUGUGGAUCUUGAAGAAAGUACCUUCUCACAUCUCCGUUCUUUCCUUGAGCAGUAUUGUGACAAAAUUAACAGUGAGAUUCCUCCUCUUCCUUUUCCUUCCUCAAGGGAGCACCACAACUUCCUUAAACUGUGUCUGAAGCUCCUCUCUAACCACCUUGCUCUCGCGUUGGCUGGCGGAGUGGCUACCAGCAUUCUUGGCAGGCAGGCAGGCCCCCUUCGGAAUUUAUUGUUUCGCUUGAUGGAUUCUUCCGUCCCAGAUGAAAUACAGGAGGUGGUGAUUGAAACUCUGUCAGUUGGAGCAACAAUGCUGCUGCCUCCCUUAAGAGAGAGGAUGGAACUGCUGCAUUCCCUUCUUCCCCAAGGCCCUGACAGAUGGGAGAGCUUAUCCAAAGGGCAGCGAAUGCAGUUGGAUAUUAUUCUGACAAGCUUGCAAGACCACACUCACGUGGCCUCCUUACUCGGCUACAGCUCCCCGUCUGAUGCUACAGACAUUUCCUCGCUGUGUAUCGCUUAUGGGAAUAUCUCUGAUUCAGCAUAUGGAGCCCAGAGUAACCACCCUGACACUCAUCUGGCUGAGAUCUUAAUGAAGACUCUUCUGCGCAAUUUAGGGUUCUAUACUGAUCAAGCAUUUGGAGAGCUGGAAAAAAACAGUGAUAAAUUUUUACUUGGGACGUCUUCAUCCGAGAACAGCCAGCCUGCUCAUCUUCACGAACUGCUUUGUUCCCUGCAGAAACAGCUCCUGGCAUACUGCCACAUUAACAGCGUUGGUGAGAACUCCAGCAGCGUGGCCCUUCUUCAUAAGCAUCUUCAACUUCUGUUGCCUCAUGCUACAGAUAUCUAUUCCCGCUCGGCGACUUUGCUGAAGGAGAGUUCUUGGAACGGUAGUGUUGGUGAAAAACUAAGAGAUGUCAUUUAUGUAUCUGCAGCAGGAAGCAUGCUCUGCCAGAUCAUCAAUUCCCUGCUUUUGCUGCCUGUGUCAGUAGCCCGAUCUUUACUGAGCUACCUGCUGGAUCUGUUGCCACCUCUGGAUUGCCUCAACAGACUUCUGCCAGCUGCUGUGCUUCUAGAAGAUCAGGAGUUACAGUGGCCUCUUCAUGGUGGGCCUGAACUGGUGGAUCCAGCUGGAAUGCCCUUACCCCAGCCUGCCCAGGUGUGGGUGUGGCUCGUGGACCUCGAGAGAACUGUCGCUUUGCUUAUUGGACGGUGUCUGGGUGGGAUGCUGCAAGGAUCGCCGGCGUCCCCCGAAGAGCAGGAUACGGCUUACUGGUUGAAAACACCAUUGUUCAGCGAUGGAGUUGAAAUGGAUGUUCCCCAGUUAGAGAAAUCUGUGAGUUCCCUGCUGGAGGUCGCCCUCUCUGGAAAUGAAGAGCAAAAGCCAUUUGAUUACCGGCUGCGCCUGGAAAUCUCCACAUUUGUGGAUUUGGCCUUGGGGUGUGCAAAGGAACCGGCCCGCAGCCUCUGGGUCAGCAUGCAGGACUAUGCAGUGAGUAAAGAUUGGGACAGCGCGACCUUGAGUAGUGAGUCGCUUUUGGAUACUGUGUCCCGAUUUGUUCUUGCUGCCCUUUUGAAACACACUAAUUUGCUCAGUCAAGCAAGUGGUGAAAGCAGGUAUCAGCCAGGAAAAACAUUGGUAGAAAUCUAUCGAUGUGUGUAUAAAGUCCGGAAUCGUUUGCUUGCUUGCAAGAACAUGGAACUUAUUCCGACUCGGUCGUCUUCCAGGGAUAGAUGGCUGUCAGAAAAUCCAGAAUCAUCAGACAUUGAUGCUCAGGAAAGCCCCUUCACCCGGACCAUUGAUGAGGAAGCGGAGAUGGAAGAGCAGGCAGAAAGGGAGAGAGAGGAGGGGCAUCCAGAGCAGGAAGAGGAGGAGGAAGAGAGAGAACAUGAAGUGAUGACCGCUGGCAAAAUAUUUCAAUGUUUCCUAUCAGCCCGUGAAGUAGCUCGCAGCCGAGAUCGAGAGAGAAUAAAUGGUGGGGUGGGGGCGCAAGCGGAUGACCAGCCCCCCCAGUCCCAGCAAGAGCGGCGAGUCAGCAGAGACCUCCCUGAGGGCCAGGAUGUGUACACGGCUGCCUGCAACUCGGUGAUCCAUCGCUGCGCCCUGCUGAUCUUGGGGGUCAGCCCUGUGAUUGAGGAGUUACAGAAGCGAAGGGAGGAAGGGCAGUCGCAGCAGCUUUCGAGUGGCGCUCCGGACGGGAUCGGCCUCAUGACCAGAAGUGAAAGUCUUACUGCAGAAAGUCGUUCGGGCCACUCUACAUCAAGUUAUAAACUGAUGAAAUCGAGGAGUGAAUCUGACCUAUCUCAGCCUGAAUCAGAUGAAGAAAAUUAUUCACUGAGUGGAAGGCGAAAUGUGGAUUUGGAUUUGGCAUCAUCCCAUAGAAAGAAAGGCGUGGUCCAUAGCCCGAUUGAAACCCUCAGUGAUUCGUGGACUCGGCUGAAACAGCGAGAUUGGCUCUCCAGCUCUUCUUGUUUGUUUGGAGAGUCUGAUUUUGAUUUCACAAAGUCCAUUGGCGUUCAUACUUUGAUCGAGAACAUUAUCAGCUUUAUCAGCGGGGACCUAGGAAGCUCCCCAGGCUUCAAAGAGCCCGAAGAAAGCAUGUCCACCAACCCCCAAGCCUAUAUCAUUGCUAUGGAGCAGCAGCAGCAGAGAGCAGAGCUACGCCUGGAGGCCUUGCAUCAGAUCCUGGUUUUACUCUCGGGAAUGGAAGAGAAGGGCAGUGCGACCUCCCUGGGGAGCCGCCAAGGACUGGGGUUCCAGACUUCCUCGUUUCUCACUUCGGUGAGGCUGCAGUUCCUGGCUGGGUGCUUUGGCUUGGGAACUGUGGGACACACUGGAGCCAAAGGAGAGAGCGUCCGGUUGCACCACUAUCAGGAUGGCAUCAGAGCAGCUAAGAGAAGUAUCCAGACUGAGAUUCAAGUGGCUGUGCACAAGAUUUAUCAACAGCUGUCUGCAACCUUGGAAAGAGCCCUUCAAGCAAAUAAACAUCACAUAGAGGCACAGCAGCGGCUCCUGUUGGUAACUGUGUUUGCCCUGAGUGUACAUUACCAGCCAGUUGAUGUGUCCUUGGCCAUUUCCACUGGAUUGCUGAACGUCCUUUCUCAGUUAUGCGGGACAGACACCGUGCUUGGUCAGCCCCUGCAGUUGUUACCAAAAAGUGGCAUUUCCCAACUCAGCACUGCUUUAAAAGUAGCUAGCACUAGAUUACUUCAGAUUCUUGCCAUCACCACAGGGACUUAUGCAGAUAAAUUGAGCCCCAAAGUGGUACAGUCCUUGCUGGAUCUGCUGUGCAGUCAGUUGAAAAACCUGUUAUCCCAAGCGGGUGUGAUGCUUAUGACUUCUUCCUUUGGCGAAAAGGAAGUUGGUGAUCAGGACGAAAAAAAAGCGGAGUCGAAAGGAGACCCUGAGAGGAAAGACUUCAGAGUUGCCCUCCGAAAGCAGCAUGCUGCAGAGUUACAUCUAGGAGACUUCUUAGUUUUUCUCCGAAGAGUUGUUUCUUCCAAAGCCAUUCAGUCCAAAAUGGCUUCUCCGAAGUGGACGGAAGUGCUUCUGAACAUAGCGUCUCAAAAGUGCUGCUCAGGUGUACCUUUAGUUGGCAAACUGAGGACCAGGCUACUUGCACUCCAUGUCCUGGAAGCUGUGCUACCUGCCUGUGAAUCGGGUGUGGAGGACGACCAGAUGGCUCAGGUGAUUGAGCGGCUAUUCUCCCUCCUGUCUGACUGCAUGUGGGAGAGCCCAGUUGCACAAGCCAAGCAUGUAAUUCAGAUCAAAGAAAAAGAACAAGAAAUAAAGCUGCAGAAACAGGGUGAGUCUGAAGAAGAGGAUGAGAAUCUUCCUAUCCAGGAGGUGUCCUUUGACCCUGAGAAGGCUCAGUGCUGCCUAGUGGAGAAUGGGCAGAUUCUAACUCAUGGCAGCGGAGGAAAGGGCUAUGGGCUAGCAUCCACUGGAGUUUCGUCUGGGUGUUACCAGUGGAAGUUUUACAUUGUAAAGGAAAAUCGAGGCAACGAAGGAACCUGCGUGGGAGUGUCUCGUUGGCCCGUUCAUGAUUUUAAUCAUCGUACCACCUCGGAUAUGUGGCUGUACAGAGCUUACAGUGGCAAUCUCUACCACAAUGGGGAGCAAACUUUGACACUGACCAGUUUUACCCAGGGGGACUUCAUUACCUGCGUGCUGGAUAUGGAAGCAAGAACUGUUUCCUUUGGCAAAAAUGGAGAGGAACCCAAACUGGCUUUUGAAGAUGUGGAUGCUGGAGAAUUGUACCCUUGUGUGAUGUUUUAUAGUAGUAACCCUGGAGAAAAGGUGAAGAUCUGUGACAUGCAGAUGCGCGGCACCCCAAGAGACUUGCUGCCAGGAGAUCCCAUCUGCAGCCCGGUUGCUGCGGUGCUGGCAGAAGCCACAAUUCAGCUGAUCCGCAUCCUGCACCGUACUGACCGGUGGACGCACUGCAUCAACAAAAAAAUGAUGGAGAGGUUGUACAAAAUCAAAGGGUGCCUUAAAGAAACUGGUCAGAAACUGAAGAAAAGCCGCUCUGUGCAGAGUCGAGAGGAGAACGAGGUGCGAGAGGAGGAGGAGAAAAUGAAGCAUUGCAGCCGGCAGCACGGGCUGGCGGAUCUCUCAGAACUGCAGCUGAAGAUGCUCUGUGUGGAGGUCUGGCCGGUCCUGGCAGUGAUUGGUGGGGUGGACGCUGGUCUUCGAGUUGGGGGACGCUGCGUUCACAAGCAGACCGGGCGGCACGCCACCUUGCUGGGAGUGGUCAAGGAAGGCAGUGCGUCUGCCAAGGUCCAGUGGGACGAGGCAGAGAUCACCAUCAGCUUCCCAACUUUUUGGUCGCCUAGUGAUACGCCACUGUAUAAUCUGGAACCUUGCGAACCCCUGCCUUUUGAUGUUGCAAGAUUCCGGGGACUGACAGCUACUGUCUUGCUGGACCUCACCUAUCUGACUGGGAUCCAUGAAGACGUGGGAAAGCAGAGCAUUAGGCGUCAUGAGAAGAGGCACAAACAUGACUUGGAAGAUAAAGGAGACCCCGAUCAGAAAACGGAAGGUGAUUCUGUGUCAGAUGCACGAUUGGUGCCAAGCACUGAGGAGGUUAAGGGACAUGGAGCCAAACUGGAAAACGAAACCUCUUCCUUCUCUCUAGAAGCCAUUUCCUUGGGCAUGGAGUGCCAGCAUCUAAAUGCUGAAGGCAGAAGAAAGAACCAUGAACAUGCCUCAAAGAAUUAUGAGGCUGCACAAUCAGAAAUCAGGGCUGUACAAUUAUCCUACCUUUACCUCGGUGCUAUGAAAUCCCUUAGCACACUCCUUAGUUGCAGUAAAUAUGCUGAAUUGUUACUGAUACCCAAAGUCCUGGCCGAGAACGGCCACAACUCAGAUUGUGCCAGUUCUCCCGUUGUCCAUGAAGAAGUGGAAAUGCGCACUGCCUUGCAGUUCUUGAUGCGCCAUAUGGUGAAACGGGCAGUCAUGCGCUCACCCAUCAAGAGGGCUCUGGGGCUAGCAGACUUGGAACGGGCACAAGCAAUGAUCUACAAAUUAGUUGUGCACGGACUGUUGGAAGAUCAGUGCGGCACUAAAAUUAAGCAAGAAAUAGACCAGCAAACAGAAGAGAACGACCAAACUCAGCAGGCCCAGACGCCGGUGACGACAAGUCCGUCUGCCUCCAGCACGACAUCUUUCAUGAGCAGCUCUCUGGAGGAUACGACAACAGCCACCACUCCCGUAACUGAUACGGAAACCGUGCCCGCCUCAGAAUCCCCGGGCGUUUUGCCGCUCAGCCUCCUGAGGCAAAUGUUCUCCAGCUACCCAACCACGGCUGUCCUUCCCACAAGGCGGGCGCAGACACCCCCCAUCUCCUCUCUGCCAACCUCUCCCUCUGACGAUGUGGGCAGGCGGCAGUCGCUCACCUCCCCUGACUCUCAGCCCGCCAGACCUGCCAACCGCACAGCUUUGUCCGACCCAAGCAGCCGCCUGUCAACUUCCCCCCCUCCUCCUGCUGUUGCUGUUCCCUUAUUAGAAAUGGGGUUUUCCCUCCGGCAGAUUGCUAAAGCAAUGGAAACCACAGGUGCGAGAGGAGAAGCAGAUGCCCAAAACAUUACUGUCCUGGCAAUGUGGAUGAUUGAGCAUCCUGGGAACGAGGAAGAAGAAGAGCCCCAGUCAGAAGAAGUGGUGGAUUCCCGACCUGGAGCGUUAGUCCCUGGCGGCAGUGGGAAGUCCAGCGAUCCAUGUUACUUGCAGUCUCCAGGAGACCUCCCUUCAGCUGAUGCUACUGAAAUGGAGGAAGGCUUCAGUGAAAGCCAUGAGAAUAUGGACCAUUCAGAAAAUGCAGCGUCUGGGAGUGGGCCUGUGACAAGGGGUCGGUCGGCAGUAACCAGAAGACAUAAAUUUGAUCUAGCUGCUCGGACGCUGCUGGCCCGUGCUGCGGGAUUGUACCGCUCUGUACAGGCCCACCGGAAUCAGAGUCGGAGGGAAGGGAUCUCCUUGCCCCAAGAUCCUGGAGCGCUGUAUGACUUCAACUUGGAUGAGGAGCUAGAACUCGAGCUGGAUGAGGAGGCCAUGGAAGCUAUGUUUGGGCCAGACCUGGCUGGGGACAAUGACAUUCUGGGAAUGUGGAUCCCAGAGGUAUUGGACUGGCCGACCUGGCAUGUUUGUGAAUCUGAAGACAGGGAAGAAGUGGUAGUAUGUGAGUUGUGUGAAUCCAGCGUUGUCAGCUUCAAUCAACACAUGAAAAGAAAUCACCCCGGCUGUGGGCGUAGUGCCAACCGUCAAGGCUAUCGUAGCAACGGCUCCUAUGUGGAUGGGUGGUUUGGUGGUGAAUGUGGAAGUGGGAACCCUUACUACCUCUUGUGUGGCAGCUGCCGAGAAAAAUACUUGGCCCUGAAGAGCAAAUCUAAGACAUCCGCCUCAGAAAGGUGCAGAUACAAAGGACAAGCUCCUGAUCUAAUAGGCAAGCAAGAGAGUGUCUAUGAAGAAGACUGGGACAUGCUGGACGUUGACGAGGAUGAAAAGCUGACAGGGGAAGAGGAAUUUGAGCUGCUGGCUGGACCCCUGGGGUUGAAUGACCGGCGCAUUGUGCCUGAACCCGUUCAGUUCCCAGACAGUGAUCCACUGGGAGCCUCCGUCGCCAUGGUCACCGCCAUCAAUAGCAUGGAGGAAACGCUGAUGCAAAUAGGUUGCCAAGGCUCUGUGGAGAAAAGCUCUUCAGGGAGAAUUACUCUGGGGGAGCAGGCAGCUGCCUUGGCAAACCCCCACGAUCGCAUCAUGGCCUUGAGGAGGGUGACGGCCGCUGCUCAGGUCCUCUUGGCCCGCACGAUGGUCAUGAGGGCCCUCUCGCUGCUCUCGGUCAGCGGGUCCAGCUGCAGUCUUGCGGCAGGGCUCGAGUCCUUGGGCUUGACGGAUAUCCGGACCUUGGUCCGCCUGAUGUGCCUGGCCGCGGCCGGGAGGGCGGGUCUCUCCACAAGCCCCUGCUCCAGCUUUGGCUCCUCUGAGCGGCCGCGAGGUGUCCAGAGCCAGAUGACCAAGCCCAUCUCCUGCUUGGCCUACCUGAGCACAGCAGUUGGCUGCUUGGCUUCAAACACCCCAAGUGCCGCAAAACUGCUGGUUCAGCUGUGUACUCAGAAUUUGAUUUCAGCAGCAACUGGUGUCAAUUUAACUACAGUGGAUGAUCCUGUGCAACGAAAGUUCUUGCCAAGUUUUCUGCGAGGAAUAGCAGAAGAGAACAAACUUGUAACAUCACCCAACUUUGUUGUAACUCAGGCCCUCGUGGCCUUGCUGGCAGACAAGGGGGCCAAGCUGAGGCCCAGUUAUGAUAAAGCAGAAAUUGAAAAGAAAGGUGUGUGUGCCCAUUUGAAUGCCCACCCUCCCUAUGAUCCUUCUGCUGUAGGCCCUCUGGAGCUGGCCAAUGCCCUCGCAGCUUGCUGCCUCUCUUCACGGCUAUCCUCCCAGCACAGACAGUGGGCUGCUCAGCAGCUGGUGCGGACUCUUGCAGCUCACGACCGGGAUAACCAAGGCAGCCCCCAGACCCUGGCGGACAUGGGAGGGGACCUGCGCAAGUGCUCCUUCAUCAAGCUGGAGGCUCAUCAGAACAGGGUCAUGACUUGCGUUUGGUGCAACAAGAAGGGUCUUUUGGCCACCAGUGGCAGCGAUGGAACCAUCCGAGUGUGGAAUGUAACCAAGAAGCAGUACUCGUUGCAACAGACCUGUGUAUUCAGCAAGCUAGAAGGAGAAGCAGAAGAAAAUCUGGGGUCCCCCAGUGACCCCAGUUUCUCUCUCGCCUGUUGGAGUAUUAGUGGCAAGUACCUGGCUGGAGCCCUGGAGAAGAUGGUGAACAUAUGGCAAGUCAACGGAGGAAAGGGACUCCUGGACAUUCAACCCCAUUGGGUCUCUGCUCUCACCUGGCCUGAAGAAAGUCCCUCUGCAGCCUGGACAGGGGAUUCUCCAGAAUUCCUGCUGGUUGGGCGGAUGGAUGGGUCUCUGGGACUAAUUGAAGUUCUGGACGUUUCCACCAUGCACAGAAUUGAACUGGAACACUGCUACAGGAAGGAUGUGUCGGUUACCUGCCUUGCCUGGUUCAGUGAGGACAACCCUUUUGCUGUUGGCUACGUGGAUGGGAAGUUGUUGAUAGGCACAAAAGAACCACGGGAGACAGGAGGAAUUGUUCUGGUGGAUGCACACAAGGACACCAUUGUCAGCAUGAAAUGGGAUCCCGCUGGGAAAAUUCUCAUGACUUGCGCGAAGGAAGAGUCGGUCAAGCUCUGGGGGUCCUCGGGGAGCUGCUGGCGGCAUUUAUACACCCUUUCCCACCAGGCAGUAGUGAAUGCCAUUGUCUGGUGCAGCCUUCUGGGAAAAGGCCCCAAGAUGCAACUUCUGCUGGCCACUGGAUGCCAGAAUGGCUUGGUUUGUGUUUGGACAGUUCCCCAAGAUGAGUUGGUCUUCCUGCAAUCAAGCCUUAGCUGUUCAGAAGAAUGGUGGGAUGAAGAAAUCAGCGGCAAGGAUGCGUACAGAAAAGUAGCAGAAACCAAGUGCAUUUAUCAGCUGAGAGGACAUAUUACACCUGUGCGGACCGUGACUUUCAGUUCUGACGGACUGACCUUGGUAUCUGGGGGACUCGGAGGCCUUAUCAAUAUCUGGUCUCUGCGGGACGGCUGUGUCUUGCAGAGUGUGGUGAUCGGUUCUGGAGCUAUUCAGACAGUGGUUUGGAUCCCUGAGGUUGGAGUCGCUGCCUGUUCAAGUAGAUCCAAGGAUGUCCUGGUGGUGAAUUGCACUUCAGAGUGGGCCUCCUCCAACCACGUCUUGGCAACAUGCAGGACUGCUUUGAAACAGCAGGGCAUUUUUGGUUUGAACGUGGCCCCUUGUAUGAGGGCUUUCCUGGAACGGCUGCCCAUAAUGCUUCAGGAACAGUAUGCUUAUGAAAAGCCCUACGUGGUUUGUGGAGACCAGCUCGUUCACAGUCCAUACAUGCAGUGCUUGGCUUCGCUGGCCGUCGGGCUCCACCUGGAUCAGCUCUUGUGCAGCCCACCCGUCCCUCCGCAUCACCAGGCCUGCCUUCCAGACCCUUUGACCUGGAAUCCGACCGAGUGGGCCUGGCUGGAAUGCUUCUCAACUACAGUCAAGGCUGCAGAAGCGUUGGCCAAGGGGGCCACGUUCCCAGAUUCCUUCACUGUCCCAGACCUGGAGCCGGUGCCAGAGGAAGAGCUGGCCCUCCUUAUGGAUAACGGUAAAUGGAUUAAUGGGAUGGAUGAGCAGAUCAUGUCCUGGGCUACAUCACGACCUGAGGAUUGGCACCUUGGGGGGAAAUGCGACGUGUGCCUUUGGGGAGCUGGAAGGCACGGGCAGCUUGCAGAGGCUGGAAGGAAUGUCCUGGUGCCCGUCUCGGCCCCCUCCUUCUCACAAGCGCAACAGGUCAUUUGUGGCCAAAACUGUACAUUUGUGAUUCAAGCAAAUGGAACAGUUUUGGCAUGUGGCGAAGGGAGCUACGGUCGACUGGGACAGGGAAAUUCUGAUGACCUUCAUGUGCUUACCGUGAUUUCAGCUCUGCAAGGUUUUGUUGUAACCCAGCUGGUGACAUCUUGUGGUUCUGAUGGACAUUCAAUGGCUUUGACGGAGAGCGGGGAAGUUUUCAGCUGGGGAGACGGAGAUUAUGGCAAACUGGGCCACGGAAACAGUGACCGGCAGCGCCGCCCAAGGCAGAUAGAAGCUUUGCAAGGAGAAGAAGUGGUGCAGAUGUCCUGUGGCUUUAAGCAUUCGGCCGUGGUGACCGCAGAUGGCAAGCUGUUUACGUUUGGGAACGGCGACUACGGACGGCUGGGAUUAGGAAACACGUCCAACAAGAAGCUUCCGGAGAGGGUGACGGCGCUGGAGGGCUACCAGAUUGGAGAGGUGGCCUGUGGAUUAAACCACACAAUAGUUGUGUCUACCGAUGGUUCCAUGGUUUGGGCAUUUGGUGACGGAGACUACGGAAAGCUGGGCCUGGGAAAUUCAACUGCGAAAUCCUCACCGCAGAAAGUAGAUAUUCUUUGUGGAAUAGGAAUCAAAAAAGUUGCCUGUGGAACUCAGUUUUCAGUUGCAUUGACAAAAGAUGGACACGUAUACACCUUUGGGCAAGACCGGCUGAUUGGCCUGCCAGAAGGACGAGCCCGGAACCACAAUCGCCCCCAGCAAGUUCCAGCCCUGUCAGGGAUCUUCAUCGAAGACGUCGCCGUAGGAGCAGAGCACACCCUCGCUCUGUCCUCAGCUGGAGAUGUCUACGCCUGGGGGAGCAAUUCAGAGGGCCAGCUCGGAUUGGGCCACACCAACCAUGUCCGGGAGCCCACCCUGAUUACCUUUCUGCAAGGGAAGAAUAUCCGACAGAUCUCGGCAGGACGAUGUCACAGUGCUGCAUGGACUGCCCCGCCCGUUCCCCCACGAGCACCAGGGGUGUCGGUGCCAUUACAGCUGGGCUUGCCGGAUGCCAUUCCGCCUCAGUAUGGGGCCCUGAAGGAAGUGAGCAUUCACACCGUCCGAGCCAGGCUUCGGCUGCUCUACCACUUCUCUGACCUCAUGUAUUCCUCGUGGAGGUUGCUGAACCUCAGUCCCAACAACCAGAACAGCACAUCCCAUUACAAUGCUGGGACGUGGGGGAUCGUCCAAGGGCAGCUGAGGCCAUUGCUGGCGCCCCGAGUCUACACCCUCCCCAUGGUUCGGUCCAUUGGAAAAACGAUGGUUCAGGGGAAGAACUACGGCCCACAGAUCACGGUCAAAAGAAUAUCCACCAGAGGCCGGAAGUGCAAGCCCAUUCUCGUUCAGAUCGCAAGGCAAGUUGUGAAACUGAACGCUUCCGAUCUUCGCCUGCCCUCUCGGGCCUGGAAGGUGAAGCUCGUCGGGGAAGGUGCUGAUGACGCUGGGGGCGUCUUUGACGACACCAUCACGGAAAUGUGCCAGGAACUUGAAACUGGAAUCGUAGACCUGCUGAUUCCUUCCCCAAACGCAACAGCUGAAGUUGGCUACAACAGGGAUCGGCUUCUCUUGAACCCUUCAGCCUACCUGGAUGAACAUCUGAUGCAGUUUAAAUUUCUGGGCAUUCUGAUGGGCGUUGCCAUUCGUACCAAGAAACCGUUAGACCUCCACUUGGCCCCCAUGGUCUGGAAGCAGCUCUGCUGUAUCCCGCUCACUCUGGAAGACCUGGAGGAGGUGGACCUCCUCUACGUGCAAACCCUGAAUAGCAUUCUUCACAUUGAAGACAGCGGGAUCACUGAGGAGAACUUCCACGAGAUGAUUCCUCUAGAUUCUUUUAUUGGCCAGAGUGCUGAUGGGAAAAUGGUCCCCAUCAUCCCCGGCGGGAACAGCAUCCCCCUCACGUUCUCAAACCGAAAGGAAUACGUGGAAAGAGCCAUCGAAUAUAGGCUUCACGAAAUGGAUCGUCAGGUGGCUGCCGUGCGGGAAGGAAUGUCCUGGAUCAUCCCGGUCCCCUUGCUGUCUCUUCUGACUGCCAAGCAGUUGGAGCAGAUGGUCUGCGGCAUGCCAGAGAUCUCCGUGGACGUCCUGAAGAAGGUGGUGCGGUACCGAGAGGUCGACGAGCAGCACCAGCUCGUUCAGUGGUUCUGGCACACCCUGGAAGAGUUUUCCAACGAGGAGCGAGUCCUUUUCAUGAGGUUUGUGUCCGGAAGAUCUCGCCUGCCAGCGAACACAGCGGAUAUUUCUCAGCGGUUCCAAAUCAUGAAGGUCGAUAGGCCUUACGACAGCCUGCCUACCUCACAGACUUGCUUCUUUCAACUGCGUCUCCCACCCUACUCCAGUCAGCUCGUCAUGGCGGAGCGUCUGCGCUAUGCAAUCAACAAUUGCAGGUCUAUCGAUAUGGACAAUUAUAUGCUGUCCCGAAACGUGGACAACGCCGAGGGCUCGGACACAGACUAUUAACUGUGGACAAAACUCCUCUCUCUCUCUCUCUCUCCCUCUCUCUCUCUCGCGCGCGCAAAGAACGCCCACGCCGGAUUUCAGUGCUGACAUGGUUUUACAGUAAAGGUAGAUGUUUUAGGAACAUAAACAGUGGCCACCCUUUUAGUUACUCUAAAUGUAACAAAAUUUAGAUGUGUUUAUUUUUUGUGACUGUAAGCAAAAAAUGCAAAAAAGUGAGAUCGGUAAAGUUUUCCCCCCUCCCCUUAUUUUUGUUCACUUUUGAUAAGUUUGCAUGGAGCCUUUCUGGUGCACUUUUUACUUUGUUGGGAAUGGUACCUUUCCCUUUCCCAGUGACUCUGAAGAGCUGUACAUUGUGUAUAAUUGUUCAUUAGAAAGGACAGUUUUACAUGAAUAUUCAUAUAUUUAUUUUUGUUUUAAUUUGAAAUGCCUGUGCAGGGUUCCUUAUGCAAAGAAAAUAAAGCAGAUUCAAGAACUGAAGAGUAGUUCUCUUCUUUAACGUUGUCUAAUGAUUAAUUCAGUCUUUUUUUUAUUUGUCUUGUUUUUAAUUUCUACAACGUUCCUGACUUUUGUUGUUGUUGUUGUUUUUGCUCACAAUUGCCAAGAUGAAACUGACAUUUAUGUGUUUUAUGUGUUCUAUGGUUUUUAUAUUUUUAAAGCUGCACUGGGGUGGCAUUUAAUUUCGUUGUACGAGAAGUACAAUGACAAUAAAGAUUACUUUGACUUGAGACACUGAAGGCAAUCAAAUCUCAUAAGUAGGUAGAAGGGGAACGGAGGGAAGGGAAGGAAAAAAGAAAGAAGGAAGGAAGGAAGGAAGGAA